AUGGUUAAGUUGUAUUAUUUUGAAAAUCAGCGCUAUAGCAAGCUCAAGGCACAAUGUGAAAGAAAUGAAAGUUUAUUCGUGGACCCCGUAUUUCCGCCAGAAACCAAGUCAUUGUAUUUCAGUCGAGCAACACCUCCGGAGCCAGUGGAAUGGAAGAGACCAAAGGUAAAAUCAGCCGUAAAAUUGAGCUUUUAACUUAAGUUUAUUUAUAAGGCGACCUUUUUUCAUUGAAUGGGUAAUGAGUGCAAUGUGUCUGCUAUUCAAUAUUGCAACAUUUAGUUGCAGAAACUGAAAUAAGGUUCCUAAGCUCAGAGUGGGCAAAAAUGUUUACAACAGACUAUUUACACGAUUGUCAUAAGGUUUAUUCAUUUCAAAAUUUCAACCAGAGAGAACUUUUAAACCAUUGGAAUAUUUGUCCGGAUAGUCGGUUGCUAGCUUGCGAGGUACAACACUGUUCACCUCUUAGCAAAUCCAUCGCACUUUGCUGUUAAGUGCUACGUUGUAGGAUAUAAACUCAAAGAUGUAAAGCGGCGCCAACUAAGACGUUGAUAUUAUUAGACAAGUUGAGGAAUAUUGCCCGUCAAGAUGUUUUAAGGACAUCUCUCACCUUGAUAGUGCUGUCAGCUAAAAGCGUAGGUAAAUUUGUAAUGUGUUCAUAAUUAAAAUAAAGAUUAGCAUUUUUAUAUAUAGGUAUAGAGUCAAAGUAAUUUUUAAGCUUAUCCGCUUUUGAACGCCAUUAUCUGCUGUUACUGAAAGUUUUUCAUCCUGCCAAGAGUUUUAAUGAAUAGAAAUAUUUUGUCUGCUCAUUCCCAGAGUUGCCUCAUCAGAAAUAAGACUGGGAAUGGAUGACAUAAUUCAAACUUAUUACUUCCUGAUAAAAAAAUAUUUUUCAUGCUUGGCACGUUCAUUUCUUUCUAUUUUUAUUACUGAUAGUGAUUUUUAUGCAUUUACAUAUUUCUGCAUAUCAAAAAAAGCGACCUGAAUUCGAGAACAAUAGGUAUUGUUUUGUAUUGUUAUUUUUGAUCGUUUCUUGCCUAUUAAGGACAAAAAUGAUCAACGUGAAACAAUAGCUUUUAUGCGCGGCAACCCUUAACAAAAUUUCUACCCUGUAACAGCUCUGUAGCAUCACUGGAACAGGGCUGUAAAACUAACCUGUGACAACCCUGUUACAGCUCGUCAUUUGGCACAGUUAGCAAGGCUGUUUCUACACUGUAGCAGCCUUGGAACAGCCCUGUCACGUUUAACUCAAAAUUUCUUGGUAGACACCCUGUAACAGCCAUGUUACAACCCUGUUUCCACCCUGUGAUGGACAUCCCUGCCACAGCUCGUGAAUUGGCACAGUUAGCAAGGCUGUUUUUACACUGUGGCAUUCCUUUAACAGCCUUGGUACAGGUUUCAUGCAUCACAACCCUGUUACAACUUGUUAAUUGGCAGUUAACAAGGCUGUUUUUUUUUUUACCAGGUGCCAAUGUUGUGAUACUCCAUCUCACACAAUCUACACUUUAGACAGCAGCCGUUUAACUUCUAUACAUUAGGAUUAUAGUACUAUCAGAACAUAAUUUUUUAUAACUUCAUAUCUAUUAAAGAUGAAACUUCAUCUUUUUUAGGCGUAUUUGAACUCAUGAAAAUUCCUGAAGCAAAGGAACGAUUUGCGCCACAAAAAGCUUCAAAGUUGAACCACCAAUUACGGCUGUUUUAGUCCGUUUAGUCACAAAGUACUUAAAACAAAAGCAAUGCAUUUCAACAAACAUGCAUUGAAAGAACACUUUCAAUAAAGGAAAACACUAAAUACAGUCAAUAAAGAACUUAACGUUACUUUAUUUUUCUCGUGCCCAUGUUACAGUGUGUAAAAAUAUAAACAGAACAAAAUUUGAACUGCAUACAACAGUCUGAUCUGGCUUGUAAAUACUUUGUCAUAGUUGCUCGAUUUAAUUUACAACUAGCACAUCAAAAUGCCGACUUUACAAUAACUGUCUCAAAAAACAAAAAAACGAUUUUUGUCAGCAAUUAUUUAGAGAUGAAACGCGGAACUGUUCCAUUGUAACAACGGUUCCGAGGUUGACACUUAUAAUAAUUCUUUUGUUUGGGUUACAACAAGCUUAAUUUGAAAUCGCUCACCUCCAUCGUCUUUCCUUCAUGAUCCACAAAGUGUUACAUUUCCUCAUGAAAAGAGCCAAUCCAUUUGUGUUUCAGUUGUUGCUGAAUUGUUCAAUGGUGUACGAAAUGAACUUGCAUUAUUACUAGGCAGGGCAAACGAACAAUCUUUGAAUCUUGCAAGUGCCGCGGAAUGUUUUCUGUCCACUAGAUCGAUCUGUUUCCCAUUCGUUGAGAGCUGGUCAAAGCACAGUUAUUUUUUUGCUAAUACUUUUUCACUCUCUGCUUCAAAAGCAGCAAAAAAUGCUCUACAGCCUUUUUCAAUCCAAACUGGAUGCAGAAAGCGUUUGAAUAUUUUCCCCUUUCAUUCAAAUAAUCGUGAGUCGUUUCAGGAAUGGAGAUGUGUAAUGCGAUCUUCCGGUAAAAGUGCUGACCAAUAAGAUUAAGGUCUUGGAUUUCUCCAGGGAAUUACCAAUGGCAUGUGUCUGUCACGGAAUGAAAAUAUUUAAUUCCAUGCUUGCAGAGGCUUCUCGGGUAGGAAGACAAAUUGAAGUGAUUUCAAAGUCUUUCAUUUUUAGUACAUUGCUGUAAAAAAUUAAGUUACAGCGGUUUUUUUUAUUAUUUAAAAGAACAGGAAGAACAGGAGCUGAUGAAAUCAUAAGAAGGUCUUCGUUUUUAACAUGAGAUAAGAGUCUAAAGAAAGCAACUUCAAACUACAAAGGUAGCCACAACAUCGGUAAUUAAUUGAUGUAAGUAUCUAUGAAAAAAAAAAAGAAAAAGAAAAAAAACGAAGCAAAUCCAAGCAAAACCAGAAACAGCAUACUAAAAUUAAAGGUGUACAAUAAUCGUGUUUGAUGAUUUAGCGCUACCAUUUUCACCACGUUCUUUUUCGUUUUAUUUGUAUUAAUGAUCUAGCUGACCCUCGCUCCUUUUAACACUUUAGACUUUGAAAAAUAUUGCCAUCUUUCAUGAUUUAUGGAGUUUACCGUACUUGGCUACAUUGUUACUGCCCUUUGAUUAUAUCCAUUGUGUGAACAGAAAUAGACAUCUCACAGCUCUGUAGUAACCCGGUUACUGUCAAAUGUACCUAACACAGCCGUUCUGCAUCCCUGUCCUAGUUCUUCUGCAUUACUUGGUAGCCCUGUCUUAACCCUGUUAUGGUAACCGGAUAUUUUCACAGCCAUGUAACAGGCUUGUUACACUUAACUAUGUACACUUUUACAGCCCUGUCACUGCUCCACUUGUUUUAAGUCAAGUAAGUUGCAGCUGUGUCACAGCCCUGUUACAGCCAGUUUACAGCCCUGAAAUAACGCAAACAGGGCUGGAAACAGGAUGUUACAGGGCUCUCACAUGGUUUUUGCAGGGUAGAAUUUUUUCUAAGGGAAAUUUCAACAUUACCGAUUACUUCUUUCCAAUGAGAUUUGAUUUUUCGGCUCUGGAGGAAAACGUUUUGACUGAGCAAAUGUGAUUUUUGCCGCUUAUUUCAUACUGACAGGUAAUGACACGCAUAUUAAUUUUCUGCAGUUAUUGUUUUUGCCCUCUGAUGCAAGAGCAUUUUCUUUCACCUCUUUUGAAAAGUAAAGCUCUUCAAUGCAGCUAAAUAAGGGUUUUGGGUUGUUUAAUUUCUCCGGCGAUUGCCUCCUGGAUCUGAAUAAUUUUAAGCGAUUUUCUUUUUGGCCGUGAAUGUGGCGGUUUCCUGCAAUGUUUUGUCACGCUGGGCCCAGCUCGUUAGCGUUUUUAGCAGGACGGAUAGUGAUAUCCAAAUCUCGAAGAAUGGAUUGCAGCUUAAACUUAAACUACAUUAACUAUGGAGAAUUGCGAUGUGACUCUAAUGAAUUUUAACUGCCGCUUGUUUUUCUGGAAAUAAUGUGAGUGUUUGGACUGGAGCAUGUAGUUUCUCCCUUGGUGAUAACUUCUGAAUUAGCUUAACAGCCUUGCGACUUUUCUGUUAUUCCCACUUUGUGAUCAUGCAAGACCAUGCUUUCGGUUCUCCACGCGAACCUCAUCAGUUGCUGGGUUGCCUUUCUGCUUAGUUGCUUCUACAAGAGCGACUCUAGUUAUUUGUUCUGUGCUGUUAUUUGUUCUGCUCUAGUUAAUUGUUCUGUAAAUUGUGAUUAUGUCGAGUGUUGAUAGCGGCUGGUGCGUUUUUGACAGAUGUUGAUAGAUUUCAGUGGAAGAGCCAAUCAGAGUUUUGCGUUGUGAGAGCAACGCAUUAGUUCAAAAGCUUAGGCUUUGUCUGUAGUCCCUCAUUUUUCUCUCUCCCCACCACAUGUUGCCUUUUCUCGUGUGGAGUGAUUUUCACGCGCGCUCGUGUUUCGCUCGCUCUACUAUACCUGAAGAAAAAUGUGGGACUACUCGUAGUCUAUUUAAAGGAGGGCUCUUUUAUGUCGUUUAUGUUCAGUUGCAGCGGUGAUAUUUUAUUGCGGCGUAGGCCUCAAAGUACUCACGCCCAAAAUUUAUACUAGGUGCAACUGUACUCGAUGAAAAAAUGAGCUUAACUUCUAAACGUAAGAAGGUUAAGAUUUUCGUCCACGGUCUCGAUGCUUAUAGUUGUGUGAUUAAGAACCUGAAGCAAAAACAAGUUAAGCAAAAGACUGCUCUCAGCUCCGCACAGACUAAAUUUGUAUGAAGUUCAACUUCUCCGGUCGGUACCCUAGUGAAGCAUCAUUCUUCACAGCGCAAUGUAGCACUCCCUACCCCCCUGGUUCGCAAGUUUGUUUGUCACGCUGAAGGUUUCCGAUUAUUCCAACAAACUUCGGCUUGGUCUGGGCAGGUGUCACCUGGAACAAAGGGCCUAUUGUUUGAACGUUAAUUGGCACAUUCAAGUCGAUACAAUGGGCCAUUUCUUGACACGUGAAAAAAAAGUAUAAUUUUCAUUUUAUUAAGCUAUGUUCACACUUUGCUGGGUACCUUUUGCGCCAGCACGAAAAUCGUACCAGAUAGGGCUUCUUUUCAGACAUAAAAAAGGUGAUUUUGGUACAAUUUCUGUUACAGAGCAAAGCUCUGCCAUGCCGAUCUUGAAAGUGGAGUGUCACAUAUCAGAGAUAGUUUUGAUGUAGUGUGAUCAGGUCUACCGACCAUAACAGAAGUUAAUAAGUAGGAAAGAGGACUGGAACCACACUGAGACAGAAGUAACUAUUUAGGAGUGAGGACUGAAAUUUAGUGAACCAAACUCUCUUGGCCAGCUAGUCCUGGGCAAUGUUCCUUGUGUGUGAAUGACUCAUUCCAGGUCUGUGCAGGUUGCAAAGAAAGUCAGUUUUACAGCCUGCCACUUAUAAAAGCAGUAGCUAGCAUGAACUAGCCCACAAGUCAUUUCAACUAGCACCCAAACCCUUUUUAAUUAGCAGGAUUGACUUCAAUCCUUCUGUAAUUUUAAUUUCCCCAAAAAACAGCACUUGCCCAACAGUUAAGAACAAAAGUCACUAGCCCGAUAGCAACAUCCACUAGCUCCGGGCUAUUGGACAUGACUUUCUGUGCACACUGUCUGUUCCAUCGAUGUUCAUGCUAUACUUGAAAGCUUUUCUUGCCAAGUUGGUAUAAAAGCGAUUGAGUAUAGUGUGAAAUUAUACACAUUUACAUGUACUUUCAAAUUGUUACAUUUACAUCCUAACAUCAACCUUUUUUUUUUUACUCAGGAUAUUUGUGCCCCCGAUCCCCCACACCUGUUUGUUGAUGGUAUGAGCAGUCAUGAUGUCACACAAGGCAAACUUGGUAACUGCUGGUUUGUGGCUGCCUGUUCUUCAUUGGCUCUGGAACCUUCUCUCUUGGAGAAGGUUUGUUUUCGUUUUUGAAACACUAGUCAUAGUCAGACCUGUGCACAAUGGUCACCCUUGGGAUUGGAAGGUGACCGUCAUGUACAGGGUGACUUCUAUUUACAGGUAACUUUGCGGAAAAUACUAAAUGGCAACUGAAAAUAUUGGGAAGUUGUCUGGUGACCAUAAUAUACAGGGUCACUGCUGCAGUAUAUACAGGGCCGUAAUAUACAGGUUUGAUUGAGUGUACCCUCGUAUACGACAGACCCACAAAUAAGAAAGUGGCUACAUUUUCUACAAACCUACUGUAGGCUUAAUUACCAUCUGCUGCGUGAAAGUGUGCAUACUUCUUGAAGAAAUUAAUAAAGCUACAUAAUGUAAUAAGUUCAAAUAAUUAUCUAUUCAAAUGUUUUUAAAGCAUAGGCUGAAAGAAAAAUCCUAAUGAUCCUGACUGUCAGUCAAAACUAUCAGCAUCAUUAGGAUUUUUCUUUUGGGCUAAUCCUUUAAGAACGUUUGAAUAGCGUGUGCUUACCUCCAUCCCCAAAUUAAACUAGAGGGGAUCAGAGACCAGACUUUGAAGCCUAGCCAUCCACUUAUCUCCAAGCCCCAGUAGUUCAAAAGCUGGAUAGUGCUAUCCUGAUUUAUCCAGAGGAUAAGACUAAGUAUUAGGGAAACCAAUUGCGCAUUCUAAUGGAUAGAGAUUUGAACAACAACUGGGACCUGCUCUUUAACCCAUCCCCUUUUUGUUGUACAAACAGGACCUUAGUGUCUUAACAUGUAAAUGUGAGGUGCUUUAUGCUUAGUAUACAAUUAAGACUGUCUAAAUUAAGGAGGCUCAAGUCAGAUAAAAUCUGACCUUUUUAAUAUUCACCCUACACAUUUUGUACAUGUACAUGGAUGUCCACUUAUUUUAUGGUCCCUGGAAGCCCGUCUUUUAAAAACCCUUGUGGCUCUGAGUACCUCAUAGUAAAAUGAGAAAUUGGAUGGUGUUAUUGUGGGGGGUGGGGGGGUGAUUUUUUUUGGGGGGGGGUGCCUUAAUUUUGACUCAGGCUGCAUGUAGUUAAUGUGACUUUUGGAGGAAAUUAAACCAAAUUUUAUUCUGAACAUCAAACAAGAGUAGAAUCUGUAACUUGUAUGAAAAUUAAAAAAUGCUCGGCAGUGAACAAUAAUUUACAUUAAUUUUACAUAUAAUGUACAGUCUAUUCAUUCCAAAGCAUGGUGAACACGAUUUAGAAGCUGUUCAGUUUAUCAGAGCUUAAAAUUAAUAAUGUUAUUAUUAUUUUCCUUGCAAAAGUUGUUCACUAAUUUUUAUUUUAUACAAGACAUAAGUUGAAGCUCACUUGAAUUCUUUUGUCAAAGCCAGUCAUUGACAGCUGUCAGUACAUUGUACAUGUAGCUUAUGUUGCCCAAUUUCAUCGUGCUUAUAAACUCAUGAUAAACAUGAGUUGUUGGUGCAAGUGGAGAAUUCUCCAAAAAAAAAAAUCAAAAUCAGGGGAACAAAAAUGACGAGUGACAUUCAUGCGAUGAAGUGAUUUCAUUUUCAUAUGAGGCUUUGCUGUAAGAAAAAUUGAAGGGAGCCCAGACUGUUCUGAACCUAUAAAAUCUAGGAUUCCCAGCAUAAUUAUGAUUAUCUGGUCACCUGGGAGCAAAAGUUACAUGUAGGCACCAGUGGCCACCGGGUGCUGCUAGAGCACUGAGCUUUGUCAUAUGAGUUGUGAGCGCUUUCUAUUCAACAAAAAUUCAGGAUUGAAAUUUUGGAAAUUUCACUCUCUGAAUGGAAUGGUGCUAUCAGCUGAACUUAUCUGACCCAAGCCACUGCAUGUUCUGCAGUAAGAGCAGUAGUAGAGACAGCAAUUUUGUCAAAUGGAAAGGGGCAAUGAAAUGACCAGACUGGUCAAAGUGGACCACCUUCAAUUGUGGUCGCAAAUAUUCUGGUCGGACCGGACAUAAAUGGUCUGUUCCAUUUGAUCUCCAAGAGAAAUUUCCAUUAUUUUGAGUUGAAUGGAAAACACCAAUUGCAAUGUUUGUCCCACCCCAUGACAAUUAAGGUUUAAAUUCCUUCAUUCUUUAGGUAAUUCCAGAGAUGAAACACCAAGAAUGGGACCCUGAGAAUGUUGGGAAUUAUCAAGGCUUAUUUAGGUUUAGGUUUUACCGUCAGGGCCAGUGGACUGAAGUUGUCAUUGAUGACCUGUUACCUACGGUUGGUGGCAAGUUGGUUUACAUUCAUUCCACUGAAAAGAAUGAAUUUUGGAGUGCUUUGGUUGAGAAAGCUUAUGCAAAGUAAGAGUUAUGUCAACUGAUUUUGAUAUAUUAAAAUGCAUGUGUGGCUGUACAUCUCCAAGGAACAGACAAGGAUUACUGUCUUGUGAAAACGACAUUAAAUACACUAUUAUUACUUGUUGCAUUCUGUUGGACAUAAUAACCUCACCAAAUGAUCAUGUGUGGUAUUUUUCCCAGGAAAGUGGGCCUCUGGCACAUUGCGUUUGCCUUACGGGCCAUGAAUGGUCCCUUACCUGCUGAGCUAAAAAUUAGGGAGAACACUGCAACGGUCCAAGAAAGUUACCCUCUAACUAAAACAAGGAAGUACAGGCUGUAGUUGUCCCGUUGAAGCAAGAUGUGAGAGAUACUUGCCCAAAGGACAUGCUGGAAUUCAAGUUUUUUCAAGCCCUGUGUUAACCACUUAACCACACCCUUAAUUUACCCCAAAACAGGUUGGCAGGGUCAUAUGAAGCUCUAGAAGCAGGUAAUACUGGUGAUGCAUUGGUAGACUUCACUGGAGGGGUGUGUGAGUCUGUCAACCUUAAAGAUGGUGGCUAUGCUGAAGAUUCGGAAAAAAGACAAGCCUUGUUUAAGAAUAUGGAGCGAUCAAUGAAGGAAAAGUCUCUCAUUAGUGCUUCCAUAAGGGUGAGUACAGCAGAAUGCAUUUAAUGGGUUUAAGUGUCGUGUGAUUGUGAUGUAAAGAAAAGUGCUUGCUGAAAUAAAAAAAUAAUAAUUGUCUAAGAUACAUCCUGUAGCGUUACAAACUGCAACUUUCCAGUUACUUGUAUUACUCUGUAUUUGCCAGCUGAUCCUCUGUUUAAGGAGCAAGGAUUAGUACCCUUGUAGUCAAUUAGUAUGAGGACUUCUGUGCUGGAGGCUUUGAGUUCAAUUCCUCGCUAUUACCUCAAAUACUUGCUUUGACCCCGUUCCCUUGUACUUGUAGCACGCUGUAGCACUGUACAUCAAUGUAGCUUAAAAUACAUGUGAAAUGGAACACUGAUGGAAAGAGGGGGGUUAAAUUCGUGCACCAUUGGACCGAUUCGUGCUCACUCUGGUACGGUUUGAAAGAUCUCUUCACUCUGCACAAGUUAGCAGACAAAGCUGUCCUUGACCGUUAAACCUGACGAUACCACAAGCGGUAGCCGGAAGGGACGAGGAUUUGCGAGGGCGGUUAAGAGCGGUCCAGGGACGAAUGGGUUAAUUGUCAUUAAUUUUGUUUACUUUUUGAAGAUCAAAAACAGAGAUGAGAUGGAAAAGCGUACAGAAACUGGCUUAGUGAUGGGUCAUGCAUACGGGGUAACGGCAGUAAAGAAGGUAAGCCGUAUCACUACAAAUGCAAUUGUGACGCUAGUGUGACACUAGUGGCAGAUCCUGUAAGAAGGGUUUAGCUUAGAUACAAAGAAGGGGUGUUUAGAACGCUUUUUUUCAUGUUUUUCUGUCAUUAUGUUAUUUGGAUUGCUUUCAUAAUUAUUUUACUACAAAGUGCGUUAAUCGAAGCUUAAAAACUAAAGCUUCAUUCUCAGUUAUUCAUGUUCAAUUAUGUUAUCCGUGUCUCUUUUUUUUUUCAAUUUUAAAACCUGGUUUAUUUUAACAUGUUUAGUUGGUGUGAACGGGGCCCAAGUAUGUUCAUAUAUGGUCAUUAGAUUAUUCAUAACAACCUGAGGCUCUAAGCGUUGUGUUUCAAUUCUAAGCCAGACUAUGAAAUCAAAUUCCUGGCCUUUCGAUUGAAUGAACUAAGUUACCUGGACCUUGCCAUUCGUGAAUAGCAUUUUAAGACAUCCGAUCCUGUGCUAAUUGUGUUUCUCAGAUGACUAUUGGUGAAGGUCUGUUCAGUUUGUUCAAUCGUCAGCAUCUAUACAUGAUUCGUCUAAGGAACCCGUGGGGACAAAAGGAGUGGAAUGGGCCGUGGAGUGAUGAGUAAGUAAAGAAAAAACCGGAAAGCUACAUGUAGGAGACCCUCUAAUUUUCAACAUUGUCUGUUUCAACAACGUGCGCGCGUGAAGAAAAAAGCCAUAGCGCAUCCCUGGAGCUGCCGCAUUGGAGAGGCGUGAAAGGGCUCUUAACACUGGUUUUCAUUAGCAGUAUAUGUAGCCGGUAUCGGCGUUGUACUGAAUCGAAAGCGCACACUGUAGACUGUUAUGAUCAAGUGUGAAAAGCGUUCUGAUUUCACUUUCGACUCUGUCGCUUGCUAUCUAGUGAAAUUCAUAUUGUCGGAGUGGAAAGCAGAAAAGGGAGAAAUUAACUAAUUAAACUCGUGUUUGGUAAAAAAGAAGCGCACGCAGCAAUUUUACCCAUAACCUCGUUUGGCAUCCAGGGCCGAGUUGUUCAAAGCUGGGUUAAGAUAACCCAGGGUUAGUGCGAGAUUUGAAUUCAGAUGUGAAAGCUUAAAAAUCAUUUCAGUUUUAAUUCUUUUUUGUCUUCAAGUUGAUUAUCGAAUGCUUUAAAAAUAACAGUGAAAAUUAUCCGAGAAACUGCUUUUAAACACAAAAAAGAAACCUGGGUUAAAUUUAACCUCGGGUUAAGCGCGAAUCGGCCUUCGAACAAAGGUGGCUAAACGAAUUGCGAAAAUUAUGUUAUGUUUCGACAUGAAAGACUGGCAUAAGAAACGGAUUCUGAAAGGCUUUUAGGUCGCUGAAUUCGAUGAAACGUACACAACGUUAGUCAACUUGUAAAAGACACGAACAUCAAGCACUGAUGGUCGAAGCACAUGGGUUUCCAAUUCCAUGAGUCCAAAGAAAGAACAGGCACGCAACGCGUACGCAAUAGAUUAUCAUACAAUGUUAAAGUUGGGGCUUGAUACUGUACCCGUAUUCUUCAGAUUUUAAUGUUGAAAUUCUGUUCCCCAUCUGCGGGGCUUGCGAUACGCUGUGACGGGUCCUAAAUCUCUCAAAAUUUUUAAAUUUGGUUUACUUCAAGUGUGAUAAUUGACAGAAAAUUUCUUUUAACUUGUUAUAUUUUCUCACAGCUCGGAAGAGUGGAAGAAACUGAAACAAAGUGACAGAGAAAAGCUUGGAAUUGUGUUCGAAAAUGAUGGGGAAUUUUGGUCAGUACAUCUAUUCUUGCAUGAUAUCAUUAUAUUAUUGUCAUGAUAUAACCCUUUAGGUCCCAAGGGUGACCAACAUCAAUUUUCUCCCAACAACAUCACCAAUUGAUUACCAAAGGGUGAACACUUUGAUCUUAAACCAAAUUCUCAAAAGAAAUGUAUGGAGAUCAGUCUGGAGAAUUUGUAUGUGGAUCGUGGGACUGAAAGGGAUAAUUAAUAUGCAAACCCUCGUUGUUGAAGGAUUCUGUUUAAGCGAAGGACGCAUCAUCUUUUCAGUCGUAGUACCAACUUUUUCGUUUUACUCUGAACAGUCUUUUUAUGCAACUUAGUCUCUUUGAUAACACUUAUUUUUGCUUUUUGGCACGGUAAUUGUUACUAUAUAUAAAUUUCGAUUCUCGGUUUGGCCUCUUUUUUAUUUCGUUAUUAUGUAUUUUAUCUUUUCUCGUUAGGAUGGCAUUUGAAGAUUUCUGCAGGUACUUCACGAACGCGACCUUGUGUCAUGUGUUAAACAAGUCAAUCUUAUCAUUAAGAAAAAGAUGGCACGUGUUUAAACACAGCUAUCGGUGGACUCCGGGUACAAAUGCUGGUGGUUGUGUUGAAAACAGGAGCACAUUCUUGAAAAAUCCACAGGUAAGUUAAUACUUUUGGGCUUUAAUUUCAUCCUUGGGAGAAAGUUUAGUGUCACACAUGACCGCAAAAAGCCACGGAAAAUAGGAUUUGCUCCAAUGAUUGAACAAAAAUAUAUACACCAUCGCAAAAUGGGGAAGCUCCCACGUGUGCUGAGCACACGCACAUUUUAAGGGGUUUCGAACGUGAAAUAGAGAAGAGAAUUGUGACCUUACAAAAUUCAAAUUUGUGAACUUCUGGGAUUGGUCGGCGUUCACAAAGAAAAAGAAGGAAAAAGCCCCCUUGCCAAAAGUCAGCCUUUUAGUGCAAAUUGGCGAGGAGAUAUAAGCACCUUUAUGCUCUGAUGACUCAAUACAAACCUUCUAAACUUGGCUUGGAUCGAGACGUUCACUAUCCUAGCCUAUUUUAGGCGCAAAUUUUUCAUUAGUUGUUGUUCCAAAUGCUCUUGGGAAUAUACAGUCCUCCUAGGAACUUUUAAAAACAAUAGUUUAAAGGGAAUGUUAUGGGGGCAGGGGAGAAUUCAGAUUGUAUUAUGGGGGCUAGGAAAUAAGGAUGUUGCGAACUUAUGUAAUCAGUCCGAUCCCUUUCUUUAGUUUUGACCUUUUGAAUGAAAUUUUACAUUUGCCGUCACUAACCGUAGGGAGCUUAAGCAACGAUGUCAACGAGAGCGGCUUAAAAGCAAUAGGGCUGAUGUAGAUUGGCAGAACAAUAACUUUGCACGUGCAUCACGCCUUUCUGUACAUUUCUUUGCUGUCAGUGCACGUCUACGACGCGGAAAUGCCCAUUUUCACGUUUUGUGGUAGAACGUGAACACAAGGCAACGACUUUCUUCUUCUUUUUCUGAACUUCGAUACAGCCUUUCGAACUCAACUCCAGAAAAAAAAUGCCAAGAUUUGACGAAUUGAAAGAGAUAAAAUAAGCGCGAUAAAGUUUGAAGCAGGGCUACUUCACUUUCGUAGCCGUCGCCGUCGUUUUCGCUUAAGCUCCCUAAUAUACCUAUGUAGUAAAGCAGGAACAGCCUCAACGAUCAUCUUGCAUGUUAUGAUGUAUGAUUUGUUGCUUAUUUGUGGUUCAUUUUCAGUAUGCCUUUACAGUCAAAGAAGAAAGUGAUGUAAUGAUUGCUCUGAUGCAAGAAGACACGAGAAAAGAAAAGGAAAGAGGAGUAGAGAAUCUGACCAUCGGCUACUUUGUUAUGAAGGUAACUAUAGAAUGAAGAAGAUGUGAACUGUGGAAAUACAAAUUCAAAUGAAGAUAUGAUCGUCGCAGUGGCAAUUGCAAAUUAAACCGGAUAAAGAAAAUUUCGAGACUUCAACGAGCACGGGCUCGAAUCCCAUUGAAUCAUGGGCUAGAAUCCCGUCGCAUAAAUUGCAAUUACCACUGCGACGAUCAUAUCUCAACCGAAAAGCUAAAUGGCGAAGUGAAAAUGAAAAAGUUAAAAACAAAAAUGGAAAACUGAGUGAAAAAUAAAAACUAAAUCACUGUGUGGCCCCCCUUCCGCAAUUUAUAUCAUUCCUUUCACGCGUUGAGAUGAACUCAACAACUUGACCUGUUCCCAAUGUAUGGAUCUUCAUAGCUCAGUUUGUAGAGCACUGCAGUGCUAACGCGGAGGCCAUGGGUUCGAAUCCUGUUGAAGUCCCAAUUUCUUUUUCGUUAAUUGCAAUUUCUUAAAUUGCAAUUACCACAGCGACUAUCAUAUUUUUAUUUAGAAGGCAAAUAUAGUCAUGAGAACCGUAAGGCAAGGUUCUUCUUUGAUCGUCACCUCUGCGUCCGUUUCUCACUUCAGUGUUUCGGGUGAAAAAAGCAUCUUCGCCGUAUUACAGGGCCCGCGGAGCAGUUUUUAAUAUGCGGCGUUCCACUGUACUUACAUUUAUUUGUUCAUUUUUCAAAAAGUGGCGGGGCCCUGGGCCCCCCAGCACCUCCACCUGCGUGGGCCCUGUUAUUGUUCACUCUGCCAGCUGAGCCUUUUCUUCUCUUGCUCGGUUUUGGCGCACUCGAGAAAACUCUGCGAGAUCGAGUAAGAUCUUUGUUAAGCAUGCGCAGCGUGUUGCUAGGAUACAGGCCUAAUAGCAGUGCGCUUGGUACAGCGGGCUCACUUGUGAUCAUCGGUUUUGUCAUAGCUUGGAACUCCCCAGCGCUUGCUGCGCUGGCUAGUUUUGUCAAUAAACGGAUGCUCGCAUUCGAAAAAAAAAAAACAGUUUGACGAGACAAAACGGAGUUGACUACUCCAGAAGUUCGAGCUGCGGCGAAUACCUCCUUUUUUCCACCUCAAUGAAGAACGUGACAGAAGGAGGCUCUUUUUUCGCAGGGUGCUUAUCGUUUUGCUGUCUGCCGUUGAUUCCUUUUUAAACAUUAUUUUAAAUAUUUUAUUCACCAGUUACGUUUGUAUUUUUUACCCGUAGGUGGAAGGAAACCGCAAGUACCGUUUGCAUACCAUGUUUGAAAAAGCUGGUGAUUCUAUUUUCAUCAACGCCCGAGAAGUGGUGAACAAGUUUCAGUUGAAGCAAGGCCGGUAUGUGGUGGUGCCAUCUACAUACGAGCCAAACAAGACAGGAAGUUUUCUUUUGAGAGUGUUCACCGAAAAGUCUUCGAAAGCAAUGUAAGAAUUCACAUUAUUGCCACCGUGGCUGCUUGCGAGCAAGCUCUCCUUUGGGGAUAUCGUGUAAGUCACGCGCGGGCGGGCGCAAAAGGAAAUGCGAGAGGCUUCUCCGCUCGCUCGCGCGUUCUCGCGCGUUUCACCCCUCGAAAUGGAGAAAUUCUUCGCAGCUUACUAUCAGGGUGUACUCCUUUUAUUAGGGAGCUUAAGCAAAGGCGUUUUUGAGCGACGAACCUCAACCGGAAGUGUGGUCUUUUUCAUUUUAAAAUAUAUUGACGCUACCAAAUUUGUAUUUCUUAGUCUCUGUCUCAUUAUAGAGACGAUUUGUCCACAAAUUUGGCCAAAAAUACCGCGCAAGAAUGAAAAAAGCCCACUUCCGGUUAAACCUGCAUCGCUCAAAAACGUCUUUGCUUAAGUUCACUAUUGUCAGUCCCGUCUUUCGAUGUUAAUAGAGUGCAGACUAGCUCUUCGUUUCUCACAUGCAAUUACAGCACACCGAAGGCAUUAAUGGUUUAGCUUUACCUCGAGUAAGUCGCUGUCCGACGAAAUAGCGGAGUAAAAUUAAAAUUUUCAAAGUGCAAAUUUGAAACAAAAAAAUGCCGAGAAAGAAGUUAACUUAUCUAACGCUUCACAAUCUUGAUUUUUGCCCAAACCUUUAUGACGCCGGUGAAUUCAUACAUAGGCCUUUGAGCUCUCUUUAAUUUUUCAUCGGCCAAAACCACGUUUCGCUCCCACAAUAUCUCUUCCUCUUCUUGAAGAACUUGGGACAGGAAGUGGAAAUUACUUCGGAGCGAGGCCGCCCGCACCCUUUGGUUGCCUAUCAAGAAUAGGCGUUUCCGAGAUUCAAAACCUUUCUUGAAAAAUGAAUUUUACUUGCAUGAGAAUAAAGAAUCAUUAUCUUAUCAAUAGCUUCGCAAUUUUUUUGUUUAUUUGUUUAUUGUUUUGUUUGCCAUAAGUUGUACAAAGCAAAAAAAAAAUCUAAUUAUUUAAACUCUCAUGGCGAGGAAGCCCAAGAGAAGCCACCGGGCUUAUAAGGAAUGGGCUCCCUCGGUUAGAUAAUUGGAACAAAAUAUUAUCAUAAUUACUCAUGGGAAAAUCAAUGGCAGAGCUACAGUAAAUCUUAAAAUAAAUACAUUAGAUAGUCGUACUAAUCAUAGUUCUAGGCUAAAAAAGGCGAAAUGACAAAAAGAAAAAAAAAUGGAAAUAAUGCUUUGAAACAGAAGCUUGAGGCAUCUUGAAAAUGGCCUAUUGAUUCUCUUAUGUGCUUGUCUCGACUGCUCUGUAAGCCCAUAAUUAAAACCCCUGCCUUUUUCCUGUUUAUGAAGGUUUUUGGACCAGGAGCAUUCGACAGGAAGUAAAAUCUGGUGUUGCUUCCCUCAAUGCCGCACACCUGUGUGUGUCAUGUCCGUUACGGUAAAAUCAGCCAGUGGACUGGAGAAGACAAGCCGACUGUCGAUGAGUAAGAGAAAUUUUAACUUUGUUGCCUAUCAUUUUGAAGAAGGGUGGUUUUCUUGGUCUGUAUUACACCCGGAGAGGGGGUACUUCCCCCAUGGGCAUGGUUAUCACAGCAGCUCAGGAAAUGGUCAGGGAAUAAAAAAUACUGCAAGGUCAGGGAAAAGUCAGGGAAUUUUAGUUUAAGUCGGGGAAAAUUUAAGUCUUUGAAAAAAGUCAGGGAAAAGUGAAAUUUCGAGAGUACACGUUUAUUCUUUUCCCUCCACUGUUGUUGAUUUCUAACAUUUAAAAUUCUUUUGCACAAUUUACAGACAUGAAUCAUGUUGUUUUGGUGGAAUAUCGUUCAUGAAAUUUUGUUAAGGAACUAUCAAUUCACGUAGACUGCACGCCGUGAUUUGCUGAAAACAUAAAUAAAUGGGUGGAGAGGGUGGCUGUGAGGAAAGAAUUUUUGGAAAUUGUUAAUUCAGUUGGUCAGAGAAAUUUUACAUUCGUCAGGAAAAAAGUCAGGGAGAAGGUAGAGAAUUUCAAAAACCUCGGGUCGUGGCAACCAUGUAGGGAGUGCAGGCCAGUUUUAGGCUUCUGAUCGAAGGUCAAAAGGAUCUUGCGCAUGCUCCGAUGCUGGCAUGGCGCUUUGCUUUUCAAGUGGAAGUUUAAACGAACGCUGGCUACAUACGCGCCAAGCGUGCGUAAUAGCAACCUUUACAUGAUGAAUAUAUGAAUUUCAGAUAUUUGAAAUGAGGGAUGAAGAAAUAAAUGCUAAAAAGAUCAUCGCAGUUAAAUAGACAACUUAUCCAGUUGCGAAAAAAGAGUCUGAAAACAUUUAUAGGCUUGCCGGGAAUCACACACUAAGCUCUGCGAUACUGACCGGUGCAGUGCUCUAACAUUAAGCUAGGAAGCCAACUAGGAGUAGAUCUUUAAAUUGCCUCGUAAUACACUCAAGAAAGAUUAAAACGGAAUGGCGAAUAUAUGAAUUCCAUAUAAUUUAUUUGAACUGCGGGAUGAAGAAGUGAUUGCAACGAAGAUCAUCACAGUUAAUUACGCAACUUAUGCAGUUGCGGAAAGAAAGCCUGAAAAAAUUCAGGCUUGCCGGGAUUCCAACCCGUACGUCUGCGAUACACAGAUGAUUACAAGGCCUGAUCUGCUUGUCAAUCAGCUUCUAAGGGAGGACUGUUGCCUAUCCACUGAGUAGCAAUCCUGGAGCUGUACACCUUACGAAUGAAGUAAACCGAAACUUAACUACAAUAAAUAUGGCCGAUGGUCCCCUUCCUUAUGACUCAAAAACGGCAUUGUUUACUAACAGUCGAACUUCCAUGUGUGACCACCUCUCGCGAGCUACCACCCCCUCCAAGCGACUACUUAUCCAAAACAUCAAAGUUAAAGUCAAAGCCUUAAAGUUGGAGCCUCUCGUAAACGACCACCUCCUUUAAUAAGCGCCCGCGACCACUUUUGGGGGCUUUUUUUCCCCAUGCUUUUUUAACCUAUUAUAAGCAACCGUUUAAUGUGUGGUCUUAUCUCUAUGUUCGCUGUGUAUACGUUACCGCUUACAGUAUACAACGAAGUUUUAGCGAAAACAUGAAGCUACAAAUAUUGUAACUCAAAAAAUGCAUACAAUAAAUUAUCUUCCAUUAAGUAGAUGAUUCGGACCUCUUCUCGGUAGAGGCCCCUUGUGGUUCGAUUCUGGCCGGAACCCGCUCUCAUAAGCGACCAUUAACUUUUCGCAUUUUGGGUGGUCGCUUACAGCAGUAUCGACAGUAUUUCAAUUCAAGUUUUCCGAUCGCUGAUUAAGAAAAUACUGCUGCGGUGUUAUUGUCAUUUCAGCACCUGAUCCCUAUGCCGUAAUCUGCUGCGAGGGGCGCAAAGUUAAGAGUCCGGUGGUCAAAAAUUCGCUGAAUCCAACGUGGAAUACCGGCGCCUUAUUUUUCGUUAGGAGACCCCAAAAAUCUCGCCUGGUCAUUCAAGUAAGUAUAUCGGUAAUGGGUUGAAUUGUAAAUUUAAGUCAGUACCCUUGGCAGCGUGGUCUUUGAGGCUCUCUCUUGAUGUUCCAAGCUUUCUUACUGUUCUUUAUUUUUGUGUUUUUAUAGGGAUUUGUUUGUUGUUCUAAUUAUUGUCGAUUUUGUUUGUUUGUGUGGAUAUUUUCACCAGAAAGGGCAUGCCUCGUAAAUAGCAAGUCAAAAGAAAGAAAAGCGGAGUCAUGCUCUGUUGCUGUAACUUUUGAUUCUGUUCUAAAAUGUUAUUUAGUGUGGCUAUUCACAUAAAGCCGCUGGACGGUUCUUAUUUUUGGUUCCUUUUUUAUUAUGCUGUACAAGGUGGUUCCAACGUUUGAUUAUGGUAAUGAAAUUCUAAAGUGUGACCAUUCAUGUGAAAGCUAUUGAGCAGUUCUUUCGUUUUAUUAUGCCAUACAAGAUACUUCUAACUUUUGAGUCUAUUGACGAAAUUCAAAAAUAUGACCAUUCAAAUGAAAGCUACUGAACAGUACUUUCCUGUGUUACUUUUUUUAUUAUGCGUAACAGGGUAUUUCUAACUUUAGAGAGUGCGGACGAAAUCCUAAAGGGUGACCAAUCAAAUGUAAGUUGCUGGGCAAUACUUUCUUGCGGUUCGGUUUUAAACAUGCAUUUUGACCUACUAUGAAUAUGUGAUUGAUUUAGGUGUGGGACUGUAACUGGUUCUGGGAUACUUUCAUGGGCCAGGCCAAACUAAGCAUCGACAUCAACAACAAAGCUGUUAUAGAAACACACAACCUGAUGGGCCGCAGACGAAACCACCAAGUCAAGAUGCCAGGGGCCGUGACAGUGGAAGUAAAAUGUUACCACGAUCUUAUGGCAAUCUAAAAAUGACCCAAGGCCCAAUGGUUAAUUCGCUGGGCACAAGUAACGCUGAGAAUUCCUUGUGUGAAAAGGAAAGUUUAUUUUGAAGCCUGCGUGGAAAGCGAUUGAAAAGGGGGGGGGGGUGGAUACAUCUGGCGCGAUAGAACUCGAUAAACCUCCUUCGAAGCCGUUCUUUGUGUUGUCACGCAACACUCCUCUCCAGAAUCGAACCGAAGACCUUGAUAAAUAUUACGAAGACAUCCUCCUUUUCCAUCACAAUUGCGUGAAUUACCUGCUUCUGUAAUGUGAAAAUUCGAAUAAGGAGAACGCUAAAUUCUUCUAGCGCGGCCGUUUUGUUUUGCUUUGACAACGCUACUUUAGAUAUUAAUAAAAGCAAGGCUGUGAUAGGAGGAAUGGGUGCGGCGCGAAUCAUUUCCUAAAUAGAUCGGAAAUCUAAGUGGCUUAAUGUGUAGAAAGGGAUGUGGCUCAGGUCUCAGCAGCCGUUUGCGGUGAGAAGCGAUGCGUGACGUCACAAAUAACGGCAGCGCAGGGGAUCAGAACUCGAUAGGCGCGAGGGAGGAAGGAGGGGAACGCCCUCUCGCGCGCGCGCCAACUGUGUUCCUGCUUUCCUUUUCCCUUUUGAUUGCCUGCCACGUGGGCUUUAAGUGUAGUUGUCGCUAAUGCUAAUGUACGCCAUGUUAAUACGAGUUUGAAUAAGUUCGUAAACGCGUUCAUAAACGGACUGUGGAAAAAGCUUUAGGCCAUUUACCAAUACUGUACCACUUUUCCUCGUGUCAAUAGGCCAUUUGUACGAUGGCGUCAUUUUACUACUACGACCACAAUUCAUUUCCUUUUCUCCUUUCAUAUUUAUAUUUGGUAUUCCCAUGGAGGUUUAAUUAUCAAAAGCCCUAAUUUACACAAGGAAAAGAAAACCCCGAAGGAUUCUGGUCGUAGUAGUAAAAUGCCACCAUCAUGGAAAUGGCCUAUACGGUACCUCAAGCUCAGAAUAUUUAGCAAUAAUUACUGGAUGAGGCUGAGUAUGGUCUGAAGAAUUAUACAGAUCCAGGAGGCUGUUAUCGGUCCGUCUUAGAUCUGUAUUAUUCUUCAGAUCACACGAAAGCCGAAUUCUAAUAAUUGUAGUAUUAUCCAUUCAAAAUAAUUCGUACAUCACAUGCCUACCUCCAUGGUUAUGGGCCCCUGGUUCCCGUCUCCAUUUGUCUGUCCCUUGGCAAAUUCUGGAUAUUUAACAGUUAUUGAAUGAGGCUGAGUAUUAUCCGGAAAAUUAUGGAGAUCGAGGAGGGUGAAAUCCGCCGAGGUCUCCAUAAUUCUUCAAAGAAUUAGGUAAUUGUUUUAUUAUUCAUUCAAAAUAAUCCCUUGUUUAAAAACAAGCUGAAACAUGCUUACCUCCAUCGAUGUUAAGUUCAUCUUCGAUAGGGCAUUUUUAGCGGCACGUUUAGAAGAUAAAGGGUUGUUCUGUCCUGCAAAUAUUCUCCAAAUAGUAGAUGUCGUCCAUCGAGUUGUCUUCUUUCUGUUCUUGCUAUAUUUUUAGCCAAUAGUUCGCCUAUUUAUUCCUCGUGAAACGAGUAAAAUGUUCCGCCAUUUUGUACUCACUAUCAAAACAACUCAACCUCGACCCAGGUUUUUUCGGUUAACUGUUCAAUAAAUUGGCAAUUUUGCUGCACGAUUGACGUCAUUUUUCACAAAUCGCAAAAUUCUUCCAAAUUUGGUCGACAAUUGCUGGUUAUGCUUGGGAUUUUAGCCAAUCAGAAAUGGAGAAAUAUUUUGAAUGAAUGGUAAAACGAAAUGUUUAGUGUAGCGGAUGUUCUUCAAAUAACAGUUGUCACCCGUCAAGUGGUAUUUUUGCUGUUCUUGCUUCAGCUAUGUCGCUAGGCAGAAGUUGGCCUAUUUCUUCUUCGCAAAACUUGUGAGAUUUUCAGCCAUUUUAAACCUUUUCAAGUGAAUAUUUCAAGCUUUUGGUGACUCACACUUACAAAGCAAGAUCUACAAGCUUAUUAAGCAACAAUUAUGAUUAUUUACAGUCUUAAAUAAGAGUCGUGUUGGUGACAUUAAUUUUGCAAACAUUUUGCAAGAUCCACAUUUGCACAAGCUGAAUAACUAGCAGCUAUAAUCAGAAGCACAUAUGGGGUUGUAUGCUUCUGCUAUAAUUUAUUAACAGUGUUAAUUAAGAGUCAUGUUUGUGACAUUAUUUUGGCAAAUAUUUUGCUAAAUAAUAUUGUGAAGGAUCCAGAUUUCGUGAACUAAGAAAACGGUCGCAAAGAAAAUGAAGACUGAGAAGAAAAGAAAAAAAAACUGAAUUUUAAAAUUGGGUACUGAUAAAUUCCGGAGUUAAAGCCUGGUUUUAAUGAAAUAGAUGGGUUGGGGUUAGGAUUUUAAAUGAAAACAGCGAACCGAUUGAAAAGGUCCACUGGAGUCUUUAAACUUUGUUUCUGGGCUAAGGGGCUAUGUCUCGAGGAUAUUGCUGUUGCAGGUCAGUUCUUUACUACAGUCAUUGCUUAGUACCUUAACCCAUACAUAAUAUGUGCCUGUAGAGUUAUGAAGCACACGUAAAGUAAAUUUCAUUAUGGAGCUCUAACUAUUGUAAUUUUUGCAGGCAUAGCUUUAAAACGUAAAAAAAGGAAGGAAGAGUUAAUCCAUGUCUAUUAUUGCCAUCUGUAGCUGCAGAUGACAGGAAACAAUUUCAAGGCCUAAAUACCGUAAAAUUCCGAAAAUAAGCCCCUCCAAAUAUAAGCCCCCCAGGGGGCUUGUACUUGGAAAUUGCCCUCAAGUACAAAGUAAAACAAAGAAAAACGGUAAAUUUCCUACCAAGAAUAAGGCUAGCUUAAUCGAUUUUUAAACGCAUAUUUCCGUCGUACAUAAGCCCCUCAAAAAGGGCCUUUGAAAAAUAUAAGCCCCGGGGCUUAUUUUCGGAAUUUUACGGUAUACUCGUAACUAACAAAACUGGAAAAUUAUUUUUGCAAUGUAAUUUAUGCGAAGACACGUUUUAACCUUUUAGCUAGUAAUAACCGAAGCUAACGGUUUGCGGGCGACAACGAUCGAAGGUCCAACGAUGUGCUUUGCGUAAGUUUCACGUGACAGAUUGUCAAAACACGAGUAAUAGAAAGUCCAAACACGCGUGAUCAAAUUCCAUUCAUUCUUAGUGGGAGUUAAACAAAUGCUGGCUACAUUCAUACGACGCAUGCGUAAUAACAACCUGGAGAUAAGGAUUGCAGACUCCUCUUGUCGCCCGCAAAAGGAUAGAAAAUAGCGCGACAUAGCCCCAUUAACUAGACUAGGUAUGAAAUAGAUCUCACAUGAGAAGACAAAAUGGCUCACUAAAGCUCGUUGACUUUCUCACGAGAGCUAUGUACGUCAUAAACACAUUGAGACGUUCUGUUACGCAGCAGGAACCAUUAGUAUGAAACAAAGGUAUUCUUUCUAGUUUUAUUAGGAUUUUUGGAUUAUUUUGAUAUUAUCACAUUGGUAUAAUCGCAGAAUGCUGUGCGUAAACACCGCACGCAGAUCUAACAAAUUUUGUAGCAAAUAUUUGGCUAGUAAAAAGGAGCACUUAAACAUGGAUUUUGCUAUAUUGAAACUUGAAAUCCUUAUCACAGAUCUAACGAAUUUUGUAGCAAAACUUUAGUGAUAUAUUUGGCUAGUAAAAUUGAGCGCUAAACAUGGCGUUUAGUGUAUUGAAACUUGAGUCCUUGAGUUCUUACUUCAUUUCUUGCCUGUUUGUUGCCAAUGUUUGAUUUGGUUUUUUUUUGUUUUGUUUUUUUUUUUUUACAAUGAGGCAGAACUGGAAAAGACCAACAUGUGAGCAGAUUGUUAAACCUCCACUUACAUGAAUUAGGGGAAGGUAAGGUUGCCCGGAAUUUUGAUUCCUCACGGAGAAGAAACCGUCAUUAAAAUUCUUCGAUUGCGAGAUUCAAAAAGACCUAAGAAAGUAUCGAUCCAUGUAAAAAGAAAGGUUGUUCCAAGACAGACUUGAAUUCUGGAUUCAACAGUUUGGAUUCCAGAUUAUUUCCAUUGGAACUUGGAUUCCAGAAUUCAAUCGUAAGUGAAAUUUCUUGAGUUGUAUUCCAAAGCCCAGGAUUCCCGGUUUCCACAACUUAAAUUUGUCGGAUUCAGGAUUCUACAAGCAGAAAAUUCAGUUCCCGAAUUCUCUUACCCGGGGCGGGAAAAAAUAAAAACAGUCAAACAUCGUAGAUGCACCUUUCCACAUUACCUAUACUAAGACAGGAUUCUAUUUCUUUUUCUUGACCACAACGCAGCAGUUGUCUGUUUUUUUAUAAAGACUAGUUUAACUGGUUUAAUUCAAAUAACCUGAGAUCAGGCCCAAUUUCAGCGGUUCUGAUACAUUCUCUCUAACGGCCAGCGCUAAAAUUGGGGCUCUCUUUUCGUUUCGCCAUGCCCGCCGGAAUGUAAUUUUCAAAGCGAAACGAAAAUAGAGCCUGAUCUCAGGUUAAAUUCAAAGGACCAAUACGUAAAAAGCAAUUAAUCCAUCUGUGGCGAAUUUCACCGGCCUUCUUACUUUAACGAUAAAUCGUUUCAUUACGUCUAAUUAACGUUAUAGGACGGUAUUUUGGCCACUGUUGAUUUCCCAAUUCUUAAUUUGACUAACUUCAUCUCAACACAGAAGCUUUACGAACAUGUCAAUCACGUCUUCCAUAACCCUGAUUUAACAUUAGCGCUUACGAUUUAGCAAAUUAAUCAACGUGUCGAUUUGUCUUCACACUGUCCAUUACCUAUACAUGUUCCAAGUAUGCGAACUCGACCCAGUCCUUAACCGCUCUUACCUUUCCAACUGAAUUAUUGAAGGGGUAUGAUUCGUGCAUGAAAUAUGUUGCAUGUUUUGGUUUUAACGUCGUUUGUUCACCGCUGUGGCGUGAAUUGGGUUACUCGUGAAUUGUGCCAUCGGCAAAAGUAAAGCUAUGGGAAAACUUCAUUAUUUCCAGAAUCAACGUUACAGCAAACUGAAGUCACAAUGCGAAAAAGAAAAAAAGCUGUUCGUGGAUCCCGAAUUCCCGGCGGAGAACAAAUCGCUGUUUUUUAGCCGUUCACCGACCGAAUCAGUAGAGUGGAAAAGGCCUCAGGUAUGUUGGAAGUUUACUGCAACGAUCAUUUCUGAAGGGCUUGUCAAAUGGGGAAUUAUGGUAUAUUAAAAAGUUUUCAGAACUUUUUAAACUUGUUCUUAGAGAAUCUCCUUGUCAACUGAUAAGCAAUUGAAUAUUUUUGUAGACCUGCGUGACUGCAAACAAAGACAAAAUGAAAGGUUUUUCUUGCAAAUGUAAUUAGCAUAUUAGUAAUUUGCUGUUGCUAAGAUAUCAAUAAACUACCUAACGCAGAAAUACUUCGUGAUACUUUAUAGCACUUUGGCGUCAGGUUCAGUCGAUAUUUUCAAUUGAUUUAUUAAAUAUAUGGUUCAAACGUUUAGAGGUGCUAUCUACCCGUUUCGUCAUAACGAGCAGUAAAGCCUGGUGACCGCUUCUUAAGAGAGUAUAUGAUAAAUUAAACAACCUAGAUAUAACCACACCAGUAACAAACGAUCGACAGGACACGGGUUUUGAAUUUUUUUUUGACAGUUUAUUUGCAAAGGACUCCUGAUUUUUUAAAAAAUGUAUAUACAUGCAUAUGUUGACAGUUGUUUUGUUUAUUAUUUGUGCACUGUUUUGUUAGAAUCAGAGAGAUUGUUUUUAGUUUGAAGCUUUAGAUCACCUACAUGUUGGCGCGUAUGUUUUUUAAUCAAUAAGUUGCCACCAAGCCGUUGCAUGAAAAAACGUGUUAUCGUUAUCGACAGUGUUAUCAAGAAAAAUUUCAUUCGCAGUCAAUCUUAGACUGCUGGGAAUAUUCAGCAAAAAUUGAUGCGAUUAUUAUUAUAUUUAACAAUGAUUAUCAUUCAUGCAUUCUACCGGUGCGUGAUGAAUUCAGACUGUCUGUCUGAAUAACGCAAACAACUGAUAUUCUCGGUGAAGCACGGAAAUCUUGUACUGAUCGCGCCAGGCAAAUUCCGUGUUAUUUUCCUUCGAUUCCGGCUGUUGACUCUGAGGGGAUUGGGGGGGAGGGUAUGUCCCUCUGAACAAGGUAUGUUUUUUAGCCGGAUGACAACUAAAAUGUUUUCUUUCUUUCUACAGGUGUUUUGGCAUCAUUGCAUAAAAAUUAUGUUAAAUUGCUUAACUAAAUUUGGAAUUAAAAACUAAAAUGGGGUAGGAUCUAGCUUUUUUUUAUGCUUCCUCGGAUUGUACCGGAUUGGGUAUUUUUGAAAAUUCAGUUGAGAAUAAAUCGCUAAAUUUAGGAACAGUUCAGUGAAACGAAUUGGGGCGAAUUCUUUUCUUUUACUUUAAUUUCUGCCCAUUGAGUUGGUUAUGAUUUCGCUCCAUUAAAGGGAAUCCUAGACAGUCUUGGAUUCUGGAUUCAACGUCGUGGAUUCCGGAUUCCAGUCUUCGUCAGUGCAACUUGGAUUCUGAAUUCCAAUCGUUAGUGGGAUUCCGAAUUCCUAGAGCUGGAUUCCAGAUUCCUUGAGCUGGAUUCCGAAUGUCUAGAGCUGGAUUCCGGAUUCCUUGAGCUGGAUUCCCCAUUUCCUUGAGCUGGAUUCCGGAUUCCUUGAGCUAGAUUCCGAAUUCUUUGAGCUGGAUUCCGAAUUCUUUGAGCUGGAUUCCGAAUUCUUUGAACUGGAUUCCGAAUUCUUUGAACUGGAUUCCGAAUUCCUUGAGCUGGAUUCCGAAUUCCUUGAGCUGGAUUCCGAUUUUCUUGAGCUGGAUUCCGGAUUCCUUGAGCUGGAUUCCGAAUUCCUUGGGCUGAAUUCCGAAUUCUUUGAGCUAAAUUCCGGAUUCCAUGAGCUGGAUUCCGAAUUCUAAGGUCCAGGAUUCCCGACGCCACGAGCAAAAAUUUCCCUGUUUUCGGAAUCCCGAUUCUAUUAAUUGCGGCGAUUUGGUUUGAACUGGCGUUGAUUCAUCUUGAGAAACCUAACAAAAAGGGCUAUUUAAAAAAAAAAAAAAAGAUAUGCAUGGAAUGUUACCAAUAUCUCUUGAACUGUAGAGGAUAAUGAGUUGAGACUUCAAAUUCAAGUUCUUCAUUUUUUGGAUUUGCACUGUCCAAGACUUAAACCCAUUUUGUGAAAUUCGCUAAUCAAAUCGAACAAUUCAAGUUCUUCAGUUUUAUGUGCACUGUAUUUCGGCAAAGUAUCAUAGCGUCAGGUUACGUAGUUAUGAAGGAGAAACUGUGGGAGUUUUGAUUUGUUUUAAUUGGCCAUUAGAGAGCCACGUGACUGUAACCAUAGAAACGCUCCUGGAAUCAAUUAUUGUUGCUUGAAUUAAUUUCAGUAACAUAUCUUUAAAGGAAGCAAAGUUAUAGCCCCCAAGAAUUAAAAAAAAAUAAUAAUAAAUAAAAUACUUUGCCUAUCACGCCCCCACGGAAUCUGUUGGCAGCUCAGUUCGUAUGUCUUUACACAGGAAAUCUGUGCACCCGAUUCGCCGCGCUUGUUUGUCGACGGAAUGAGCACCCAUGACAUAACGCAAGGCCGGCUAGGUAAUUGUUGGUUUGUUGCGUCGUGUUCAACGCUGGCGUUAGAAUCAUCGCUUCUGGAGAAGGUAUGAUGAACAAACAGUUAAAUUGGUCAUUCUUUUCUAGCUAAGAAGUUACGAUUUCGCUUGUUUUCAAGUCAAGUGCAAUGUGCACAGCAACGACUACAACUUGGCUAAAAUCGAGUUCUGUUCGAGUUACACCAGCCGCUGUCGAGUAAAUGACAUGCAAUGGGGAAAUAAGCCCGCGCUUAUGCUUAUGACCGGACCCUGCAGAAGGGCGGAAGAGAGCCUAGUACCCAGGCGCAACUUUCGGGUGGAAACUUAACAGAACAGAGAACACAGUUGGGCAUCGCUGGGUACAUUGGGUCCUUCCCAAGACCCCACGUCGUCUGAGGAGAAAAGAUCCUGCGACAAGGAAUAUUUAAAAUUCUGAUUGACAUACAUUUUUUUCUUUCGUAAUGUGAGAAACGAUUAUUAUAAAACUCUAGUGUCUUUCUCUAUGUAGUAUGAGGCUAAAUUGUCUUUAACUCUUAGCGAGCCAAUAUGGUUUUGUUAAACGCCGUCUAAACUCUGUUUAAUUAAUAACCGGCCCAUAUAAGCUUUUUUACCUUCCCGUCAUUUUCACAAUUGCCCCAGACGACAGUCCCAGUGUGAGGCCUCACUGAACAGAGCUUGAAUCACCUAUCUUUUUGCUACUUCAAGGUUAUUCCCGAUCUUAAGGAGCAGGAGUGGAAUGCGGAAGAAGUCGGCAAAUACCAAGGAAUAUUUAAGUUCCGGUUCUGGCGGAAGGGUCAGUGGACGGAAGUGGUGGUUGACGACUUACUCCCAACAAUUAACGGACAGCUGGUUUAUAUUCACUCCAAGCAGAGGAAUGAAUUCUGGGGAUCGUUACUAGAGAAGGCCUAUGCAAAGUACGUUUAAUUGUUUGUUUUUACUGAAUAGUAUUUCUUACAAUUUUAGUUUUAUACUUAAUAUUUCUAUUUAACCUCCAACCUUUUAAAAGACCCCUUCUAAUAGCACCUAGUCUGAGGUCCAGAAAAUAAAUAGGCCCCAGGCCUCUAUUGUAUUCGGCGGCUCAACUUUGAGGGGAACUUAAAUCUAACGAGCAUUAUAUAAGCACUACAACUGUGCGAAACUAUUGAAGAAAUGCCCUUGUUUUGGAAGCUAAUUAAAAGUGCUUCGAUCAUCAUGAGUUUUAGCCUGUUCACAGACCGUCAAUUUUCUCUUCAAAGUCCGUCGAGCGCGCGUGAUAAAAUAUAAACCGCGGGAGAUUUAUUGACCGCCAGCGCAAGGUUUUCUUUCUCGCGCUCCGCGCUCGUUCUCGCGCGUUCGCUUCGCUCGCGAGCUCGCCGAUGUUUUUGAACAGAACGAAAAGAAAAAUAAAACAACGUCUGUUUACAGGCUACAUGAGUUUGGUCAAAGGUGUGGUGCAAUUUACUCUCUGGAAGAUGGAAAAACUGUAAAAUAAUAAUUGGCGUUACUUUUAUUACACCCAUCAUUAUUUUCAUAAGGAAAUACAUGUAGUCAAAAUUAAAUAGCAGAAAAGAAGAUCGGAAUUCUCAAAAAAAAAUCCUAUGAAUUUAACAAACCCGCAGAACACUUUAAAGCAGUUUUUUUUUAAAAAAAAUAAAAAUAAGUCUCCAGUUUUUAAACACUAGGAAAUAAGGAAACGCCGGCGAAAAUACGACGUACGUACCGUUUUUUUCUUUGUAUCCUAUCGCUCGUCUAAGUCUCUCAGAGUGCGGCGUCUUUCUUUUCCUUCGCGCGACACGCCAGCAUUUCGGUGACCUACAAACAAGACGUGCUGAUUUAUGAAGCCUAGCCUAAUGACAAGACUUUCACUACCCGUGCUCUACCUAGGUGACCGACGUACGUAUUCUAACUUCUCUGAAUUUCUUGAUUGCACUUUCAGAUUAAACGGAAGCUACGAGGCAUUGGAAGCAGGCAACAUUGCAGAUGCGCUGGUGGAUUUUACGGGAGGAGUGUGCGAAUCUACUAACCUUCAAGAGACGGCCUUUAGCCAAGAUGAGGACAGCAGAUUAGCUUAUUUCAAAUCUAUGCAAAAAGCUAUGGGGCAGAGGUCCUUGAUUGGCGCUUCUAUAUCGGUAUUUUACCUUUUGCAACCCGUAUUAGUUACAAUUCUCCCGAUUUAUAAUACGGUCGAACCCUCUGUUAAGUGAAUGCCAAAGAUGCCAUCAUUUAUCGGUCGCUUUGGAGAGGCAGUCGAUCACUUAUAGCCUGCCACGAGGCUCCCAAGUGGAACAGGGCGAAAAAGAAAAUGGGCGAGCGAAGCAAGCCGAGCGUGUCUUGGGGGAGAAAAAAAAGGUGGGGGAGCCUGUAGACUUUGUUUUCAAACCGUCCGUACUGGUAUCGUGAUCUGAUUGGCUGCAAUUCCUAACCACGCGCGCACGAAGGUUGUUGAAGCCGAUGAAUUCAAGCGUUAAAAAAUAAUAAUAAUAAUAAUAAUUUGACAGGUCUAAUUACCUUGAUUGACAUGUUACUGACACAUGUGUUACAGGAUGAUUGCAAGUGGCAGGAUGGAUAGCAUCAAAACAAAGUCUACAGGCUCCUCGCCCUUUUUCUUUCUCACCCAGGCCACGCACAGCUCGCUUCGCACGCCAAUUUUUCUCUUUCGCCCCACUCCACAAGGGAGCCUGUUCGCAAGAUAAUCACUUCAGCCUCAUCCACUAAUUCGAAAAUGCUGUUUAUUCGCACGUAGUUUCUGAGUUAAGACUCAUAACUGGUGCGAGCAGUGCCACUAAACGAGCCUCGUAUACUCUAAGUGGCGUACAGCGAAAUAGACGGAAUCGGAUAUGAGAAAUAAGACGACGCAAUGAAAGAACAAGAUCCAGUGCCUUUAUCAAUGGUUCUUUAACUUCACAUUUAUUCAGUAUUUCUCCGGUAGGAAAACCUUUCUGGCUUUGGCAUUUUUUUUUAUCAGAAAUAUUAGGUUCAGUACUUAUUAUACCCUUUUAAUUUUCCAGGUAAAGAACAGAGAAGACAUGGAAAGACGCACAGAGACUGGCUUAGUAAUGGGGCAUGCAUACGGUGUCACUGCGAUAAAGAAGGUACACUUAGGGCGCUUUCCAUUUGUCAGAACUGACCGGCCAGACCAUUUUCGUCGUAACGAAAAUUUCACUUUUAAUCAAAAUUAUCCAGCCAGGUCAGUCAAAUCAUACAUAGCAUGCAGGAAGGAGAUGUUUUUUUUUUCAGCAAAAACUCUUGGGAAAAGCUUAUUUCAUGGUCAAAAUGACUGGUCCGGUCAUGUUCCAGCCGGCCAGUUGUGACUUUUGGAAAGCGCCCUUAGACACUUAAUGUUUCCUCUCCAAAUAAUAGACAAGUCAAAAUCAAUUUCUUUUCUACAAUCCUAGGCAAUAGAUAGCACAACCCAAAAUUUCUGCCAAGAAGAUUACAUUUGAAGGGUAAUGUCAUAGGAUUUCGUCUCCAAAUUAAGAAGUUAUAUUAACAAAUACACAUAAUACUCUCGCCGUAAAGUGGUCUAGGACUGAACAAGUUAAGGGAACUGAAAUUUGAACCAUAGGUUAAAUGGGAUUAUGAGUAGACAUGUAUGCAACUUUCUGUUUAUUCUUUUAAAUCUGAGCAAUAAACGAGUCACUAAAAGUUAGCCUGAGAAAACAGCCGACGUUUCGCAACCCCCCCAAUGGUUUCCCCGAGGAAUGACGUUUCUCGGACGUCAUUGUUCGGGGAAACCAUUUUGUAGGGUUGCGAAAUAUCAGUUGUUUCUCAGGCUAACUAAAAGGUGAGGUCCUUAUUUUACGUCGGUAAAUUAUCUCGUAACAGUAUACAUUAGACUGACAAAUCUUAGGCCGACAGUGCGCUCAACCCCAACCCCUUCCCCCCUUCCUCUAUGUCCAUUAGUGCUCCGAUCCAUUUAAUGUAUACCGGUAUUAAGUAAAGCUGCUACUUAAAGUUAGACAGAAUGGAAUAAAGUAGUCGAAACAACGAUUUAGGUUGACACCUGGGAAGCGAACUCGAGUGCCGCGCACUUGCCGACUGAGUGUGUUAGUCCUUGCUCCUUGAUCUUUGUCACUUGGGGAAAGGGUGGACUAAACAGAGAGCCUGUUCACAGGCUACCUCACUCACAUGCAUUGUCUGUCUUGCGCCUAGGUCACUACUGGCGAUGGCUUGUUUAACCUAUUUAACAGAGAACAUUUGUACUUGAUUCGGCUGAGAAAUCCCUGGGGACACAAGGAAUGGAAUGGCCCUUGGAGUGACGGGUAAAUGAGGAGCGUAUUUUACGUGCCUGCAUACAUAAGCAUUAAUAAACACUUAAAAUCACUGGUCCCGAGGGACAACAUUAACUGUUUCCCGAGGAACCAGUAUUUAAGUAGUUUGUUAUAUAGCUAGGAAUUCAUUAAACCUCGCUGUAACGGCGGUCGUCGGUCAACAUUCGCGGGUAACAGUGCACUGUUACCUCUGACGUCAUAGAUUUUGCGAUGUUGCCCACCCAGAGAUUUUGGCGGGAAACAGUCUCAUUUUUAGAUUUCAUGUGACCUCGAAGUAACCAACGAGAGCCCGCGCUGUUGAGAAAAAAUUUCCAUCUGUAUAACAAUUACAGUUAUCGCACGCUAACAUAGAGAGAGUUCCCCUUAGCCUCUUUACCGGAGCGAGGCCUGCUGCACUACCAGUCAUGUGAAAUGAGACAGCUUGAAUUGCUUGUGAAUAAAAACUUAGGAUACGGUUGUUUCGAAAGAUACACCUCCACAAAUGGAUUUUUUCCCUAACUAACCCGUAAAAGGAUUAUACAGUCGACUCCCGAUAACUCGAACCUUAAAGGGAAAUCGAAAAAAGUUCGAGUUAUCGGGAGCUCGAAGAAAAUAGCCGAGAGUAAGGUAAAACACAGUUUUUACUGCGCAGUGAACAUUUUAAUCACAUUUAAUUGUAGAAAUGUCAAGUGAAAAUAAAAAGAUACUUCUAGAUUAUAAAUCAGAACGUAACGUAACGAAACAUAACCUAAAUAGAGCAUGCGUUUUACUGUUUUGAGAAGUAAAGCUGCUUUACGUUAGCCUGUGACAAUCAACAUCAGCCUCCAUUAGUAAACUAUACUCCUACAACACGUUAAUAGGAAAUCCAAAAUUCAAUGUUUCGGACGCCACUGAGACGGGUUUUUUCCCGACUUUUUAAGGGCUCAAAACAUGGUUCGAGUUACCGAUGGUAAAAUUAUAUAGAAAAUGACCUGAGGGGAAACGAACAUUGGUUCGAGUUAGCGGGAGUUCGAGUUAUCGAGGGUUCGAGUUACCGAGGGUAAAAUUACAGUAAAUGUAUGACGGAAAUCCAGGGGAAAUCGAUUUUGGUUCGAGUUAGCGCGAGGUUCGAGUUAGCGAGAGUUCGAGUUAUCGGGAGUCGACUGUAAAUCCGAAAAAUCCCCACUCCUAGUUGAUUGCCGUGAAACCUGAAUCAGGGUUUUUAGGCAACAUUUUUCUUUUGCCACCGAUCCGAAAAGAGUGCACCGGACUAACCUGUGAUUCCCGCCAUUUUGCCAGCGCAUUAAAAGAAUCUAUUUUGGGAUUUUUCGUGGCCAAAAAAAAAUCUAUUUUUUUUUUAUGAAACAUUGAAAAAGGACGGGCACCACGGUCUGCAUGGUCUGCUAAUGGAGAGCAGAGUAAAGCUGAAAUUAGGAAAUAUCUGCUUCCAUGAAAAGUGAAUCGAUAGGGCUUGUACAGUUCAAUUCCGCAGCCUUUGAAAGUUUCUCUUUACAGGAAGUUUAAACAAUGACUCAACAAUUGCUAGGAUAUACUAAGUUUUUCUUAUAAAGGUUAUUGCCUUAUUUCUGUUUAUUUUGUUAUAGAUCAGCUGAAUGGAAAAACCUCGACGAUGAUCAAAAAGAAAAUCUUGGAAUCAAAGUGGACGAUGACGGAGAGUUUUGGUUAGCUAAUGUCUAAAAAUAAUAUUUCUUUUUUGCUUCAGUAUACAUUGCACUAUAAUUUUGUUUGAGAAAGUUUGUGUUACUUAGUGGAAGUCAUGUCUGCCAUCACCCUGGCUUACCAUUUCAACUACAAUACUUACAGUAUUUUAAUCAGUCACUAUUAUAUCCUGGGCAUUGCGCUUCAAAGUGAAAGAAAAAAAGGGGUCUUUAAGCAAAGGCGUUUUUGAGAGACGCAAGACAACCGCAAGAGAAUUUUUUUCCAUUUGAGUAUGCCUUGAAACUACCAAAUAAUAAUUUCUUUACUCAUAAAACCACUACCCAAUAAUGUAAAAUACUCACAACUUCUCGCUGACGUGCGUCGCUUAGAAACAUCAUUAGGAUCAAUUUAGGUUCCUGGAAAACUGCCCACCUACCCCUCCCCUUGGCAAACAUUAACACUUACUUCUCACUUAGGGCAAUAUGAUCGCUUAGGGGAGGGGUAGGUGGGCAGUUUCCCAGAAACCUAAAUUGAUCCCGUCCUUGCUUAAGCUCCCUGUUGUACUUACUUUACUAGUAGUUACACUGUGUUGACAGUGUUAUUUAUUUCUUAUCUUUUCCUUCCUUUUUACUUCAAUAAAAGGAUGGCCUUUGAAGAUUUUUGUCGUCACUUCACCAAGGCUACUAUGUGUCAUUUGAUGAACACGUCAAGAUUCUCGUUUUCUAAGCGAUGGCAUCUCUUUAAACACAACAACGAGUGGAAACCUGGUAUAUCAGCAGGAGGAUGCGUUACAAACCAAGAUACUUUUCUUCAGAACCCACAGGUACAAGAAGCUACGACGCUCAACCAUUCCAAUAAAUACUUUCAAUAGCCUGCGAAAACAUCCGUUUCUCCUCGCUCUUCGCCGCUGGGGACGUUUCGCGAGGAGGAACGUCUGCGACUCAGCGGCAGAAAUUCCAUACUGAUGACGCAAUCCAAUGUUUACAUAAUAAAUCCAGUAGUCAUGGGGUUCCAAAUACAAAUUUGUCCAAUUUUACGUGUCUUCUGGUCGUUUUUGGUAAAGUGUUGUCUUCAUCUGCUAACGAGCCUCAGCAAAACUCAAAUGCUUCUUCUAGAGAAGACUAUAUUCCUCAAUUAUUGACUGUUUUGUUAGAGAUUCUUUGCGUUUACAUUUGACCUUUGUGGCCUUUUGUCUUUUGUCUGUCAUUCGUAAACAAUCGCUAAAACAAUGUAACCACCACGUCGACCAAUCAGCGCUUCUGACCGGAUUCCGGACAGAUUUUACGUCAUUAGUAUGGAAUUUCUGUCGCUAAGUCGCAGACGUUUCUCCUCGCGAAAUGUCCCCAUCGGCGAAGAGCGAGGAGAAACGGAUGUUUUCGCAGGCUAUACUUUCAACGGAUAUCUAUGCGAUCUCAUAAAGGAAUUCCUCAUUUUUCAGCGCAGAAAGGAUAAAACGCUUUGCCGUCAAUGUGUCUUAUAAAGGUCUAUUUCCCUAAAUCUUCAUUGUGAAUUUUUUUUUUUCUUCGCCAGGCCAACCUAAUCAUUAAAAAGUAUUUAUUAAUAAUCAAAAUGAGGCUGCCUGCUCAAUUAAACCUGCCCCCGGGACUGAUAAGCUCCUGCUUUAAUAAGUGGCUUGUUGGGUAUGAGAAAAAUAAAUAAUACAUAAAUAAAUAACCUACCGUUCGUAGCCUGCGCCACAGACAAAACUAAACUCUCUUUAGGACCGUCUUCGAACGGUGCCGAAAUACUAGGUCAAUUUUUUUUUCUUAGUACGCUUUCAGCGUUAAAGACCAAGAUGAUGGAGAAGUCCUGAUUGCUCUUAUGCAAGAGGACACCAGGAUCGAGAGAGAUGAGGGUGGAAAGAAUCUCAGCAUUGGAUACUACAUCAUGAAAGUACGUCAAGAAAUUGUUUUAGAAAAAAAUCAAGAUUGAUUAUUUUGUCUGUGGUUUUAUGUCAAAGAAGUUUCUCAUAUUCCUGUAGCCCUUAACAAUUGGACAUUGGUAUAAAAAUAAUGGGUAUUAAAUUAAAGGUUAGAGAUAACUUUGGAGCUUAAUUUGUUCGGUAGUAGGUCCUGCUGCGUUUAGGACUAUAUAAAGAUUUGGUGUGGUGCACUCGUCAAAACCGCAGGAGCAAUUUGUACACUACAGAUUUGGUUAUGAGUUGAAGAGGGAGAUAGAACUGGUUGCGUUUUGAGCGCCAGCCGCUCGUGUGAUGAAGUGCUACAACCUUGGACAAAAAGGAUUAAGACAUUUUGCACUUUCUUACCUACAAAAGCCUAUCCGGGUGGUUUGGUACUACUAUGGCCCCUCCUUUCACCACACCCUGGUCAAUGUUGUUAAGCCGGGGUGAGAAAUGGUCCAGCCGGACUUCAACAUUGCUUUGGGGGAGGAGUAUUUUUAGUUGUUUUAAGUGCUUUCAAUAGGCCCUUUGCAGCUAGCCAUUCACGUGGUACAAAACCACUCACACUGGAGAGCAAAAGUUGUACUGGGACAAGACAAACAAGAAAAAAAAAAUUUGAAAUGGUAAUUUUCUUUGUUUGUCUUGUCCCAGUGCGACGUUUGCUCUCCAGUACGGCGGUUUUGCACCACGUGCAUGGUUAGCUGCAAAGGGCCUAUAGCUUUAUCUUGAAACUAGACAUGGUAAAGUCCAUUUUUCAUAACAUUUUUGUCCAAGAUUGUAGUGAUCGAAACGUCACCAUGUCAGUCUCCCUACAGCGACCAGUCUGACUGACGCCAACCUCUUUCUCUCAGCCACCGAUGUAAUACCACAGUUUCUUUACAAAAUAGUCCUUUCAUCAAAUUCUACACAUCCACCAGAUCAGCGAAAACAAAAAAUCCGCUUUUAAAUUGAAGAAUCUAGAUUGUGAUGGCCCCAAGAAGUGCUCUCUUAAAUCCACCCAAAAAUCCAUUGAAAAAAUCUUACAAUUAUCAUAUGACGAUCUUCCUUCAGCGUGCGAAUUCAAACGGGCCAACUUCACUUGCGAAGGAACACUGACUAUUAGUUGAUUGUGAAUCGAGUUAUCUUAUGUACAAUAUACAAUAAUUAUGCAUCGUGAAAGACAUACCACCCUUAUGAGGGAAAUGAAGUCAAACAUCAACGGGGCUUGCUUGAUUUUUGUGGAAAUGAUACUGAAUUUUUUUAUAAACUAUUCAUGGUUUACUUUCUAUUUUUCAUCUAGGUUGAGGAAAAUCGAACUUAUCGUAUACACACAAUGUUUGAAAAGGCUGGUGACUCUAUUUUUAUAAAUACGCGUGAAGUGGUUAACAGAUAUCAACUGAAGAAAGGGAGAUAUGUGAUUGUGCCAUCUACGUACGAUCCAAACGAAGCCGGAGAAUUUAUGAUAAGAAUAUACACUGAGGAGUCUUCUGAUGGCAUGUAAGUAAUAUAAACAUAUUACAGAUAUGAAAUAUUUAAGAUAUAAUGAACUUACAACAAUGUGCUGUUGGUUACAAAAAAUUUUUAUCACAGACAGAGCACGUAAAAAGAAAAAAAGACUUCUGUUCUUCUUCUACUCUCGUAGUGGGUGUUUCUCGAAUUCAAACUGUCCCAAUAAAUGAUUGAACCCAGAAAGCUAUUUUGUGUGGGUAAAGUUCACGUGGAAAUGUCAAUUUUGUUUGUCACUGCCGUUAUCACACACGCACACAAUUUCGGAUGGCAUUCUUUCUAAAACUCUAAGUCUUUGCUUUUAUUAUCGUCAUCUUAAUCUUGAUCUUGUUUUAUCUUGUUUUAAUCUUUAUCUUCGUCUUUAUCCUCAACUUCAUCUUCAUCUUCAUCAUUCUCGUUAUCGUUGUCGCAAUCGUUAUCGUUACCGUUAUCGUUAUCAUUCUCGUUAUCGUUUUCGCCAUUUUUAUCUUUGCCGUUUUCGUUAUCGUCUUUUUUAUCGUUACCGUUAUCGUUAUCAUUCUCGUUAUCGUUAUCGUUGUCGCCAACGUUAUCGUUAUCGUUAUCGUUAUCAUUGUCUCCAUCGUUAUCGUUAUCGUUUUCGCCAUUUUUAUCUUUGCCGUUUUCGUUAUCGUCUUUUUAUCGUUACCGUUAUCGUUAUCAUUCUCAUUAUCGUUAUCGUUACCGUUAUCGUUAUCAUUCUCGUUAUCGUUAUCGUUGUCGCCAUCGUUAUCGUUACCGUUAUCGCUAUCAUUCUCGUUAUCGUUAUCGUUUUCGCCAUCUUUAUCGUUGCCGUUUUCGUUAUCGUCUUUUUUAUCGUUACCGUUAUCGUUAUCAUUCUCGUUAUCGUUGUUGUUAUCGUUGUCGCCAUCGUUAUCGUCACCGUUACCGUUUUCGUUAUCGUCUUCUUAUCGUUACCGUUAUCGUUAUCGUUGUCGCCAUCGUUAUCGUUACCGUAACCGUUUUCGUUAUCGUCUUCUUUAUCGUUACCGUUAUCAUUAUCGUUGUCGCCAUCGUUAUCUUUACCGUAACCGUUUUCGUUAUCGUCUUCUUUAUCGUCACCGUUAUCGUUAUCGUUGUCGCCAUCGUUAUCGAGACCGUUACCAUUUUCGUUAUCGUCUUCUUUAUCGUUACCGUUAUCUUAGUCGCCAUCGCUAUCGUUACCGUUACCAUUUUCUUUACCGUCUUCUUUAUCGUUACCGUUAUCGUUAUCAUUAUCGCUAUCGUUGCCGUUACGUUUAUCUUUAUCGUUAUCAUUAACAUUACUUAACAAUUACUCCUCGAGCCUUCGGCCUCGUGGGCUAUUGACUCAGAGGCCAGGGGGGCGAGAGGAAUAACUGUUUUAGUAAAAUCCAACUAGUUGGUCAAAAACAUCGAGACAAAACAACUAUAGCUAGCAAAACGCGAUUCAACUGACAUUGCUUUUGGUUUUCAAAGCAGGCGCUUUUCGCUACUAGUGGGCUAUAACAUAUAGCCUAGUUGUAGCUCAACCAAUCAGAACGCAGCAUUGUUAAUAGACGACUAGUUGGAUUUUGCUAAUAUUUUACAUACUUUUUCUGCCUGAGAAGGUAUUAGGAACUCUAAAAAGAAUUUUGACCGCACACCGGCUUAUCAGUGGUUCGAACCGGGUACGACAAUGCUCGUUUGAUAUCAGGACUUUAGAGAAACUGGCCCCUGCCCUGAUCUAGCAUUUCUGUUAAAAUCAAUAUACAGUCGACUCCCGACAACUCGAACCUUCAAGGAAAAUCGAAAAAAGGUUCGAGUUAGCAGGAGUUCAAGUUAUCGAGGGUUCGAGUUACCGAGGGUAAAAUUGCAGUGAAUGUAUGAGGGAAAUCCAGGGGAAAUCGAUUUUGGUUCGAACUAGCGCAAGGUUCGAGUUAGCGAGGGUUUGAGUUAUCGGGAGUCGACUGUAGAUUUUCAUUACUCAAAGGUCGUUGAUUUUAUCCUCUCUUAUUCUCUAAAACUCCUAUAUUUGUUGAAAAUUAAACCCAGGCUUCUGGAGAAGGAUCAUCCAACAGGAAGCAAGAUUUGUUGCUGCAUCCCUCGAAUGCGCUCGCCCGCGUGUGUAUUGUCAGUACUGGUCAAGUCUGCUAAUGGUAUCAAGAAGAGAUCCCCGAUAUUAAGUAAGAAUAUACAACGUUUUCAUAACCUUUUUGAGACGUUACACAUCCCUCAGUAAAACCAUCUCACGAGUAUUUAACAUAUCCAAUUUUGAUGGAAUUUGGAAUGCACUACGUGUGUAUUCACAGGAUGAGCGUGCGCUCAGUUAAAUUCCCAUGUGUUUUGUCACCGCCUUUGAUUCCGAAAGCAGAGGACAGGAAGCUUUAGGAGAGUGAAAGCGCAGGAAUGAAGCUAGGCAACAGCUAUACUAAAUAUCUGUUUUUCUAACUGGAAAGGAAAACCCUAACAACACAAUCAGCGACAAAAUUGUUGAGACACCGUCCUCAAAUGCAGUAGAUUCGGAGAACAAAAAAUCCACACCCCUCCCUCCCCUCCAUUAAAAUUUAGGGCGUUUGUUGCUUCCUACGGGCAGCUCGAGCAGCGGCACAACAUUGCAUGGAGGGGCUUGGAGAGGGUAAGCUCCAUUUUUCCCUUUUGAAGUCAACAAAACUUUAGCGAGGCCCAAUUAGAGAAAUGUGUCUCAACUUAUUUUUUGCCAUCGACAGCUCCAAGUGUUUACAUAUUAUAACACAGAAACUGUGUCUAUUCGAAAUAUUUUAGUUCAUUCUUGUUAUUUGGUUAAAGGUCUUGAUCCUUAUGCUCUGGUCACAUGUGAAGGAAAAACAGUUAGAACACCAACACUCAGCGACACUGCUAAUCCUGAAUGGAACUCUGGUGCCUUAUUUUUUGUCAGAAGGCCAAAGAAAACGCACCUUGUGAUACAGGUACUCUUUCGUUGUUUUUACCAAUAGCAGGAGAAGAGACUUUCGAAUCUUAAGACAAGGACGACGUCGAGGACGAGAUUUUCUCAAUACUAAGUAGAGCGCUCACGUAAACUAGCGUCUUUUUUGCGGGAAAACGCGAUAGCCAUCAUCAUUCUAUAACGGGUUUUUGCCAAAAUGUCCUUGUAACAAAAGCAAGUUAUCAACGGUUAGAAUUGGAAGUCUCUAAAGAAUUCCACCCAGUUAAUGAGCUAUAGUGAGUAGAUUUAAGAAGUAUUUAUUAGAACCAAAAAACGUCAAAACAUUUUAGAUCAUCGAACUACAUCUGUGAUGCCAAAACAAAUAGAAAACAUCGUGAACAAUUAUUUAUUUCUCGAUUUAUUUAUUAUUAUUAUUAUUUUUUUAUGUAACUCCUUCUACGAGGAAACAAAUUCAUUGAGUCAUUUGCAAUGGCCGUUUACUUUUCAGAUCUGGGAUAGCAAUGUGUUUUGCGAUUCCUUCCUGGGUCAGGCAAAAAUGACAGUUGAUGUCAACAACAGGACUGUGGUACUGUCGCAUCAACUGAUGGGCAGAAGACGGAAGGAAAACGAAAAAAUGCCUGGUGAUGUUACCUUGGAAAUUGCAUGCUAUAAGGACCUCUUAGCUGUGUAGCCAUCUAAGGCGCUAUGAGGCCCUUUAUCCUUUAUCAUCUCUUACCCCGGCCCGCACCAAGUAUCAGUGUGACUCUGGCUCGCAAUUCAGCUGCACUCACUAACGUGACCAGCUAUACAUUGCCCGACGAGGGGGAAGAGGAACUGACUACUCACGUGAUCCAAUUCAAGCACCUCGCCGCGCGCCUGCAGAUAAGACAAAAACACAGCAUUUGCAAGUGGUGUCUGCUGUUUUUCAGCAGUGAUACCAUAACGUUUCAAAGUUAUUACACCCAAACCGUAGGAGAAAAAAUUUAAAGUCUUUAGUCGUUAGUUUUGUUAAUUCCAAAUUGACGAUAACAGAUGCGUCUGCAGCGCUAAAAUCACUCGUUUCCUCCAUUGUUAUACCGCUUUCACCGAACAUCACGUUUGACAGCCCACUGCAAUGACUCACUGAUAUGCGAAAAUAUCCGUCCGUUUCUCCCAGUCGCCUGCAGCUGUCGUUCUGCCUCGGUCCUUGCCUGGUUCCUCAACCAAUGUAUUGAAUUCUUUUGUUCGAUGGCGACUACUGGAAGUAUCAUAACAUACAAUCCACGGUUCAUUUCCACUCAGUAAGCUUAAUCGUACCAUACACGUAAUACGCACUGUCCGCUUUGCCGUUGCCUGGCUGGAUGUAUCUCGUCUCAGCAACUGUUCAGCCCAAAUCCAAGUCACUUUUCUUCCUUGCGCUGACAUUCUUCCUUGAGGUUUCUUCACGUGUAAGAGAGGUGGGCUCUGAUCAUAAACUACAGGUUUCUAGAAUAUACGGAAAAUUUAGAUGACU